CUCACCUCUAUCGUGCCGUGCGCCUCCUCGGAGAUCGUAGGUGUGGAGUGUCAGGCCAGCUCACCUGGGGCAAGUGGCGGGGGCCUCAUGUGCUCGGACAGUGGCGCCCUCUGUGAGAACUCUAUGCAGGCCAGCGGUCAGUGUGACAACUACAGGGUCCGCUACCUGUGUGGCAUACCAGCGGCGAGGAACCAGGUGUGUAAAUCAAUCAACUUCUGCGACCCCGACCCGUGCGAGAACGGGGCGCCGUGCACAGACACGGGCGGCGGCUUCCUGUGUUCCUGCCGGGACGGCUUCUCUGGACACCGCUGCCAGCAUGACAUCAACGACUGCGAGCCUGGCCCGUGCAAAAAUGGAGGGAACUGCACGGAUCUGCUCAACAACUUCCUCUGUGACUGCUCGGGCACUGGGUUUGAUGGGCCCACCUGUGAGAGAGACAUCAACGAAUGUGACAGCGACCCCUGCAACAUCACCAGAAGUCGUGCCUGUCAGAACCUGACCAAUGACUUCUCCUGUGACUGUCUGCCUGGCUAUACGGGCAAGGCUUGUGAGGAGGAAGUGAACGAGUGUGCCUCUGCCCCCUGCCUACACGGUGCGGUAUGUAACGACCGACAGGCGGACUUCCACUGCGUGUGCCCCAACGGGUGGAGCGGAAAGACGUGUGAGAUAGAGGACAAGCUGUGCUCCGACCUGGGGGAGCCUUGUGACAACGCCGCGCAGUGCCUGGAUCUCUUCAACAGCUACUACUGCAGGUGUCUCCCCAACACAUAUGGCACCAACUGCAGCGACAGCUUGGAUGUGUGUCUAGUGGAUAUCCUUUAUGUC